UCCAUACAUUUCUCAUACAUAUACGCACUUUUGCCUCCAAUGAUCAGAUUCUCGCAUUCACGCAGAAAAAAGAAAGAGAGAAGAAAGCAGAAUCUUUGAAUUAGUUAAUGCUGUUGAUCGAGUCAGAAAGACAUGGGCCGGGUGAAAUUGGAGAUAAAGAGAAUAGAGAACACGACGAAUCGACAAGUUACGUUCUCGAAAAGACGAAAUGGUCUGAUAAAGAAAGCUUAUGAAUUGUCCAUUCUUUGUGACAUCGACAUUGCUCUCCUCAUGUUCUCUCCCUCCGAUCGCCUUAGCCUCUUUUCCGGCAAAACAAGGAUCGAAGACGUUUUCUCAAGAUACAUCAAUCUUUCUGACCAAGAACGAGAAAAUGCUUUAGUAUUCCCCGAUCAGAGCCGACGCCCAGAUUUCCAGAGCAAAGAGUAUCUACUCCGGACUUUGCAGCAACUCAAGACUGAGAAUGAUAUUGCUCUUCAGCUCACCAACCCUGCGGCUAUCAACUCCGACGUCGAGGAACUUGAGCAUGAAGUUUAUAAGCUACAGCAACAGCUUCAUAUAGCAGAGGAAGAACUAAGGAAAUACGAACCAGAUCCAAACAGGUUUACAACAAUUGAAGAGUACGAAACUUGUGAGAAGCAGCUUACCGACACCUUAACACGUAUCGGUCAACGACGGGAACAUAUAUUGAAUGACCUAUCCUCAUACGAAGCAUCUGCUAUACAACAACAGCAAAACAUGGGUGGACCUUUCGUAACCGACGUCGUUGGAGGCUGGCUGUCUGAAAAUGGGCCAAAUCAAGCCCAUUUAUUCGACGCAUCAGCUCACUCAGCGAUGUAUGAAACGUUGUUGCAAGGAAGUAGCUCAAGCUCGAACCAAAACAACAUUAUGGGUGAAUCUAACGUAUCGAAUCAUAACGGUGACAUGUUCCAAGAAUGGGCUCAGACCUACAAUUCUACUACGGGCCAUAAUCCCUCAGCCCUAUUUCCUCCUAUGCAACAGCAGCAGCAUCAGUAUCAGCAUGGCCUGGUGGGUUCCUCCAAUGUGGAAGAGAUUGAAAUCCCGAUUAUGAAGGAGGAGGCACAAGCAGACCACGAGGUCUCCGACUAUCAUAUUAUGAAAAGGGAGGCACAAGCAGACCACGAGGUCUCCGACUAUGAUAUUCGAAUGCCUCAGCUCAGUAGCCAAUAAUAACCUUUAGAAAUUUCAAUUUACCAUAUCUUAUUUACAUAUUUAUACGGUUUUGUCAUUUAUCAUAAGGUUUUACUUAUAUACAUUCACAUAAACACAAAUUUUCAACACCUCAUGAUCUUUAUCGAAUUGUAUAUUGUAUUUCGUACACAGCGUUUCUAUAGAAGAACAAUAUGUAUGAA